AUGCUGGAAAAUUCCAGUCACAGUCCAAGAAUCUCAUUUUCUCACGAUUUUCUUCACUCUGAUUCCAUACCAAUCGAGCAAAGUCCAUUACAAUCUCCGUCGGAUUUCGAUUUCUCCGUUCCCGGCGACGUAGUCUCCGGCGAAAACGUUUUAUCCGCCGAAGAAUUCUUCCACGACGGCAAAAUCCUCCCCACAGAAAUCAAAAAGAGAACCGAACCGGAAACGAAUUUAAUCAGAGAUGUUAAACCGGUUCACGAAAUCGAAGAAGUGGCGGUCAUGGAAACGAAACCCAACCGAUGUCGUUUCUCAAUUCUUCUGAACCGGGUGGAACCAAAGAAGAGUUGA